CAAGAAAACUAGAAUCAGUUCGAUAUACAAACUCAACAUGUUCAAGUACGCCGCACAUUUUGUGUGCGCGUUACUUUCAUGGGGUGUUUGUAGAGUCAUAGCUGAAAGCGAGAAUCCUCAGUGUCCCGAAAUUCCAACGUACGACCCACUAAAGGAUCGCGAAGAAGUGUGUCUGGUGGAACUAUCUCCAGUGCUGGAACAUAUUGCCAAUCAGAAGAAGCUGAAGGGGAGCACCAUCGACUCCCGCAUAUUCAAUGAAACGCAGGCAAUGCUGGACAGGAUUGAGAGUCACCAAGGAGUCAGAGAUAAGCAUUUGAAAGCCCUGCAGAGUAAUAUGGAAGGUCAGUUAAAGGUGCUACAGGCUAAGAUAGCUCAGAAUGUUAGUAUAAUAUCCCUGGAAAAAUCAUUGCUACAAGCACAGAAUGCACUUCAAUGUUCUCUGGAUUCCAAAAAGCCUCCGCCAUCGGGUCACACGUUGAUAAUCAAUGUGAAAUUUGAGAAGAUGGGUAAAAAGUUAAUUUACAUCGAGAAACAUAUUAAGCAGAAUUGGUUUAGUGCAGCAAGCAAAUGUCGUGGGAUGGGUGGUAAGCUGCUGUCACCCCAAAAUGAGACUGAACUGUCUCUCAUCCGACAGAAACUUGAUGCCAGUUGGUAUUGGCUGGACUAUUGCAAUCUGGUCGAUGUGAAUAAGUGGGUUUCUUUGGCCACCGGAAAAGAAGCAUCAUUUUUGAAAUGGGACAAGGGCGAGCCCAAAAAGGAAGCUAAUGCGCACUGCGUUUACUUAUACGCCGGGCUGUACCACGCAUUUCCGUGCGACGACAGAAACUAUUUCAUUUGCGAAGUUGACGAGAACAAAGCCUUAAACUUUACUAACAUUCAAGUUCAAAAUAACACGAAUAUUAAUGUAAAUCUUACCAUAAAUAUUAAUGUAAAGGAAGACGAAAAAGCCAAAGAGAAGAGGAAAGAAGAAGAGGCAAGAAGAAAAGAAGAGGAAAAGAAAAGGGAGGAAGAAUGGAAGAAAGAAGAGGAGAGGAGGAAAGAGAAAGACAGAAAAAGAGAAGAGGAAUGGCGGAAAGAGCAGGAAAGAAGAAGACAAGAGGAGGCAAUAAGGAAAGAAGAGGAAAGGAAAAAAGAUGAGGAGAGAAGAAGACUAGAAGAGGAAUUAAGAAAACAUGAAGCGGAAAGAAGAAGGCACGAAGAAGAACGGAGAAAAAAAGAAGAGGCAAGGAAACAAGAAGAAGAAAGGAGAAGACAAGAAGAGGAAAAGAGAAAAGAAGAAGAGAGGCGAAGACAAGAAGAGGAAAAGAAACGGCAAGAGGAACACAGAAGAAGGCAAGAGGAGGCUAGGAGAAAGGAAAAGGAAAGGAAACGACAAGAGGAGGAAAGGAGAAAGGCAGAAAAAAAGAGGAAAGAAGAAGAAAGAAAAAGACAAGAAGAAGAAAGGAGAAGACAAGAGGAGCACAGAAGAAGGCAAGAGGAGGCUAGGAGAAAGGAAGAGGAAAGGAAACGACAAGAGCAGGAAAGGAGAAAGGCAGAAGAAAAGAGGAAAGAAGAAGAAAGAAAAAGACAAGAAGAAGAAAGGAGAAGACAAGAGGAGCAAAAAAGAAGACAAGAGGAGGCUAGGAGAAAGGAAGAGGAAAGGAAACGACAAGAGGAGGAAAGGAGAAAGGCAGAAGAAAAGAGGAAGGAAGAAGAAAGAAAAAGACAAGAAGAAGAAAGGAGAAGACAAGAGGAGCAAAAAAGAAGACAAGAGGAGGCUAGGAGAAAGGAAGAGGAAAGGAAACGACAAGAGGAGGAAAGGAGAAAGGCAGAAGAAAAGAGGAAGGAAGAAGAAAGAAAAAGACAAGAAGAAGAAAGGAGAAGACAAGAGGAGGAAAGAAGAAGACAAGAGGAGGCUAGGAGAAAGGAAGAGGAAAGGAAACGACAAGAGGAGGAAAGGAGAAAGGCAGAAGACAAGAGGAAAGAAGAAGAAAGAAAAAGACAAGAAGAAGAAAGGAGAAGACAAGAGGAGGAAAGAAGAAGGCGAGAGGAGGCUAGGAGACAGGAAGAGGAAAGGAAACGAAAAGAGGAGGAAAGGAGAAAAGAAGAAGAAAGAAAAAGACAAGAAGAAGAAAGGAGAAGACAAGAGGAGGAAAGAAGAAGGCGAGAGGAGGCUAGGAGAAAGGAAGAGGAAAGGAAACGACAAGAGGAGGAAAGGAGAAAGGCAGAAGAAAAGAGGAAAGAAGAAGAAAGAAAAAGACAAGAAGAAGAAAGGAGAAGGCAAGAGGAGAACAGGAGGAAGGAAGAAGAAAGAAAAAGACAAGAAGAAGAAAGGAGAAGACAAGAGGAGGAAAGAAGAAGACAAGAGGAGGCUAGAAGAAAGGAAGAGGAAAGGAAACGACAAGAGGAGGAAAGAAGAAAAGAAGAGGAACGAAAGAAAGCAGAAGAAAAAAGAAAAGAAGAGGAACGAAAGAAAGCAGAAGAAAAAAGAAAAGAAGAGGAACGAAAGAAAGCAGAAGAAGAAAAAAAAAAGAAAAAAAGCGUUUCUUCUAAUAGUUAUUAUUAUUCUUAUAACACAUACUAUAGACCUAAACGAUUUAGAUGGAGUCUAGGCUGGUAUUACUUUUACUAUUGGUGGGAAUAA